AUGUCUCAGCCCGAGCAAGAUGACCAUAUCAGAGUCGCGGAGGAGCCUCCUCCGCCCGAGAGCGCUGCAGCGAGGGACUGGCGAGGGAAGAGACGGGUGGACUGGAAGGCCAUGCUGGGCAAUAGGAAGAACAACAGUGGGCAGCCCAGCAACAGGACGUCCAUGUCGGACUUCGAGCAACAAGUCGAGAAGAGGCCGAUGAAAUGGAGCAUGGGCAUGUUGAACGACCCGGAGACAGAGGAAGUGCCGGGUUCCAUCCUGCUGCUGUCCAAGGUGUCCGAGUACAACGAGCCGCUGGGUCUUCGGAAUGCACCAGCAAGGACGUCAGCCUCGUCUCUUCCCUCGCCGUACCCACCAAGCCAGCGGAGUUCGAUCAGCAGGAGACGGCCACCCGUGCCGGAGAAGAAGCGGACACCAGACGGGAAGUUCAUUCUCGAGCCUCAGCCGGAUGACUCCUUGAACGACCCACUGAACUGGAAGAUGUGGCGCCGAGACCUGGCUUUGCUAUCUUUGGGCUUCUACUGUAUGGUCGGUGGAGGUAUGACGCCCAUUCUCGCGGCCGGCUUCACCGAGGUAUCGCACGAGUACGACGUAUCGGUCCCUCAGGUCGCGCUUACGACUGGCUUAUACAUGAUGGGCAUGGGUCUUGGAAGUGCCUUGUUGAGUCCUACGGCUAUCUUGUACGGAAAGCGUCCAGUCUACCUGGUAGCAGCCACCUUCUUCUUGGUGACCUGCAUCUGGUGCUCUGAGUCACCGAGCUUUGCUAGUCUGGUGGUGGCUCGUAUAUUCCAAGGCCUGGCGGUCUCCUCAGUCGAGUGCUUGCCCUCAGCAACAGUUGCAGAGAUCUUUUUCCUUCACGAGAAAGCCUACCGCUUGGGCAUCUACACUCUCCUUCUCCUCGGCGGCAAGAACUUGGUUCCUCUGGUCAGCGCCGCGAUCAUUCAGAGCUUGGGCUGGCGAUGGGUUUUCCGGAUCGUGGCCAUGAUCAUCGGAUUCUGCUUGAUCCUACUAUUCUUCUUCGUGCCCGAGACCUUUUGGGAUAGAACGCCGAGGCCACACAAGCACACUGUACGACGCUUUCCGAGUUUGACGAUGUUCAGGACUGGCUCUGUUUCACAUUCCCCGACUGCGGUGAGGCGGCCUAGUAGGGCGUUUUCGGCGAGCGAGAAGGUGGAUGGGCUUGAGGAGUCGCACACGAAAGCUUCGGAGCGACAUGCUCACUUCCAGGCCGAGAGCGAUGAAGAAGUUGUGAUGCAGGAGAAACCGGCUUUCACUGAUGCCGCUCAGGGCGAUGCGGGUGCUGGGAAGGCGAGCGAGCCCGACGCUGAGGACGAAAAAGCACGGCAGCCUGCAGGCCUAGAGGCAACGCAGAAUGCUGAGGCUGGAUCUGGCCUCCGACUUUCCAUUCCAACAGCUGCGCAUAGAUCUCAGGUUACCAGCAACGAUAACUUCGUCUCGAACGAAACCUCAUCUGCAGCCCAUGAACCCGCGGCUAUGGACGCCUUGUCUCAGACCCCAACAGAGCAGGACGUCGAGCAACAGCGGCAGAGCAAAGUCAACCCAUACACCGACACACGCAGAGUCCAACCUCCGACGACAUUCGUUCAAUCACUACGGCCCUGGAACGGCCGUCUCCGCAAAGACAGCUGGUUCCGCGUCGCAAUGCGUCCCUUCAUCCUCUUCUGCUACCCGUCCAUCCUCUGGAGCACGCUCGUCUACUCCCUCUCCGUCGGCUGGCUGAUUGUGCUCUCCGAAAGCGUCAGCACCAUCUACGAGAACCGCGACUCCUACAACUUUACCUCCCUACAAACCGGUCUCGUCUACAUCUCUCCCUUCGUAGGCGGUGUACUGGGUACAGCAGUCGCAGGCAAAGUGUCCGACGUCAUCGUUCGCUACCUCGCUCGUCGCAAUGGAGGCAUCUAUGAACCUGAGUUCCGGCUGUGUAUGGCUGUUCCCAUCGCUCUCACCACCACGAUCGGCCUCAUGGGCUACGGCUGGUCAGCCGCCGAACGAGAUCUCUGGAUUGUACCGACCAUUUUCUUCGGGCUGAUCUCCUUUGGCUGCUCGCUGGGCAGCACGACCGCCAUUACCUUCGCCGUCGACUCGUAUCGUCAGUACGCCGGCGAAGCGCUCGUGACGCUCAACUUCAGCAAGAACAUCUUCCAUGGACUCGUCUUCUCGCUGUUCUUCAACCGCUGGUUGGACGCGGAGGGGAGCAAGAACACUUUCCUGGCGAUUGGCGGGAUCCAGAUGGCGUGUUUGUUAAGCACGAUUCCGAUGUAUAUCUACGGCAAGAGGGCGAGGAUGUGGACUGUGAGGAGGAACAUGAUGGAGAGGUGGUGA